AUGCUCGUCUCCCACGAGGACUCUCGGCGCUCAAAUCUCAACUUCGAGCCUCAAAAUACCCCAGACACGUCAAAUUCGGUUUUUUUGCCUUCAGCCUCGGCCGAACGGCCGGUACCUACGUAUACCCAAAUCGACUCCCAUCCCAGGCUCGAUUUCGAGGCCUACUUGCGCUGUCUCGAUCCCGGCACAAUUUACCUGGUCGAAGUACUCCGUUCCAAUCCCUCUCAAGUGAUUGCUCGUGCCCGAAAACACGGUAUAUAUCAUUUGCAGAGAUGUUACCAGGGUCAGCGUGGAGCCCCAGUCGACCGAUUUGAAGAACACCAAUCGCUCAUCAUCAAGCAUUGCCCGGGUUUAACAUGUUACCCUCCAGGACCUAAUCACGCCGUAGAGUCGAAUUCUCUGGUAAUGGAGCAGCUCGCCAUGACUCUGCUUGCUCCUCCAGAUGACGGUUACAUGUCAUGGAGCGUCAACACUGAGCACCCUUUUCCUGGAUUUGACGACAAACCACACACUAUAAUCAUCAAAUUUCUGAAAAGGUGGAGAUGUCAAGCGAAGAACAAGUUCCAAAAGUACACUUCAAGUUAUACAAUGCCGCUAAUCAAGAUCCAACAGAAAUCUGGAGUUCGAGUUCCCCAACUCUUGAACUUUGAUCCGCAGACUGCGACACUAAUUUCAUCUGACCUUGGGAGGUUGAUAGAGCUCUCCAAUUUCUUCUCUCCACUUCGAUACCUCCAUGUAGAUUCUCCGGACGGGCUGGCAGCUGUUGGCGUUGUUCGUCAGCCACAGGGAAUCCCUCCCAACAUCACGAGAUGGGAACUUGAAUCAGAAGCUUCUCGUCAAGCUUACUUUGGUACCAUCGGAACAAAACUGGGGGCGUUCUUGGCAACCCUCCAUGGUCACCGAUGGCAACAGCGAGGGAAUGCAGAUGUGAACCCAUCCCAGGGCGAGGCUGACCUCGAACGAAAGAUCCUACGACUCGGCGAGAAUCUGAUAAUUGCACAACGGAGCUCCCUACGGUUUCCUGUUGCUCAAUAUGACACCGUCGAUGCUAUCGAUAAAGCAAUGGGAGUGCUGCUAGCUGAUGUUUCUCGCAAAGACCAUCCCGAAGAAUAG